AGAAAAAAAGUUUGGGCAAGACUUACACUACUUACACAUCAAGACGAAUAAUCUUGACUUGCUUGUCGCAGUACGAAAUUGACUUUCUUUAUAAAGAAUAGAACAUGUCUACAUACAAGAUGGAUCUAUAGUGAUACUUACAAUGAAGACAGACUUUAGAUUUUCCAAUCUCCUUGGAACUGUCUACUGCCAGGGCAAUCUAUUGUUCAGCCCUGAUGGAACAUGUUUGUUCUCACCCGUAGGCAACCGAGUCACCGUCUUCAACCUUGUAGACAAUAAAUCAUAUACUCUACCGUUCGCGCAUAGGAAGAAUAUCUCGAGAAUCGGUCUUUCACCACAGGGUAAUCUUCUACUCUCUAUCGAUGACGAUGGCCAUGCUAUCUUGACCAAUGUUCCGCGACGAAUAUCUAUCUACCAUUUUUCCUUCCGAUAUCCUGUCACAGCUCUUGCGUUCUCCCCCUCCGGCCGCCACUUCGCUGUAGGAAUAGGCCGAAAGACGGAAGUAUGGCAGGUCCCAUCUACUCCCGACUCGAAUGCAGAGGGCGAGCUAGAGUUUGCGCCUUUUGUUCGUCAUCACACCCAUAUGGGCCAUUUUGACGAUGUCCGCCAUAUCGAGUGGUCGGCCGAUUCGCGCUUCUUUUUAACCGCCUCCAAGGAUCUAACAACUCGGGUAUGGAGUUUGAAUGAGGAAGAGGGGUUUACCCCUACAGUCCUGUCAGGUCAUAAGCAGGCUGUCAUCGGAGCAUGGUUCUCCAAAGAUCAAGAAACUAUAUAUACUGUCAGCAAAGAUGGUGCUGUCUUUGAUUGGCAAUAUACCAGACAUCCCAAUGCGCCCCCCAAGGAUGGAGACGAAGAUGAUGCCAUGGACGUUGAUGGGGAUGAUAUGCGCUGGAGAAUAGUUCAAAGGCAUUACUUCAUGCAGAACAGUGCACAUGUUAGAUGUGCUUCCUUCCAUCCUGAAUCUAAUCUCCUGGUUGCUGGCUUUUCCAAUGGGAUUUUCGGUCUAUACGAGAUGCCCGACUUCAACACCAUUCACACUCUGAGCAUAUCACAAAACGAGAUCGAUUUUGUUACGAUAAACAAGAGUGGGGAGUGGCUAGCUUUCGGUGCCUCCAAGUUAGGUCAACUCCUUGUCUGGGAAUGGCAGUCCGAAUCCUACAUUUUAAAACAGCAAGGUCAUUUCGACUCUAUGAAUUCAUUAGUCUAUUCUCCCGAUGGGAAGAGAAUUAUCACCACUGCCGACGAUGGAAAAAUCAAAGUCUGGGACGUUGAUUCUGGAUUUUGUAUAGUCACAUUCACGGAGCAUACGAGUGGUGUAACUGCAUGCGAGUUCGCAAAGAAAGGCAACGUUUUAUUCACCUCCAGUUUAGACGGCUCUGUACGGGCCUGGGAUCUGAUCCGGUACCGAAACUUUCGAACCUUCACGGCACCGAGCCGACUUUCUUUCUCUUGCAUGGCCGUUGAUCCCAGUGGUGAAAUCGUUGCCGCAGGGUCCCUGGACUCGUUCGACGUUCACAUUUGGUCUGUGCAGACUGGUCAAUUGCUUGACCAGCUAUCAGGCCACGAAGGCCCUGUGUGCUCUCUAGCCUUCUCGCCGGAUGGCAAUACCUUGUUCAGUGGAAGUUGGGAUAGGACAGCCAGGAUGUGGUCAAUCUUCAGCCGCACGCAAACCAGCGAGCCUUUGCAAUUACAAGCCGAUGUCCUAGAUAUUGCGGUCCGUCCGGAUUCUGCGCAGAUUGCGAUCUCUACAUUGGAUGGCCAAUUAUCGUUUUGGUCAGUAUCUGAUGCAGAGCAAGUCUCGGGCCUUGAUGGACGGCGAGAUGUGUCAGGGGGUCGCAAAGUUACUGAUCGUCGGACUGCUGCCAACGUAGCUGGCACCAAAAGUUUUAAUACUAUACGAUACAGCACCGAUGGCAGUUGUCUCUUGGCAGCAGGAAACAGCAAGUACAUAUGCCUCUAUUCUGUGAGCACUAUGGUACUCUUAAAGAAGUAUACUGUCAGCGUCAACCUUUCGCUGUCUGGAACGCAAGAGUUCUUGAACAGCAAGUUACUCACGGAAGCAGGGCCGGAGGGGCUCCUUGACGAUGAAGCCGAUCAUUCGGACCGCGAAGCUCGACGUGAUAAACUACUACCCGGUUCCAAGCGAGGUGGUGACCCAUCUGCUAGGAAAAAGUUGCCUGAAGUGAGGGUAGCGAGCGUGGGCUUCUCGCCUGCUGGCACCUCAUUCUGUGCUGCAUCAACUGAAGGCCUUCUCAUCUAUAGCGUGGACAAUGAACUCCAAUUCGACCCAUUCGAUCUCAAUAUGGAAAUCACGCCUGCAUCCACUCUUGCUGUCCUCGAGAAUGAAAAGGACUACCUUAAGGCUCUAGUUAUGGCAUUCCGUCUCAACGAAGCAAGCCUCAUCAAGAGAGUAUUCCAAUCGGUUCCACAUAUGGAUAUCCCAUUAAUAGUGGAACACUUCCCUACUGUAUAUGUUGGAAGGCUUUUACGAUUCGUCGCUGCUCAGACCGAGGAAUCUCCCCACAUUGAAUUUUGUCUAUUAUGGAUUAAAUCUUUGGUAGAUAAGCACGGUUCCUGGCUUACGGCAAACCGUGGCAAAGUCGACGUGGAGCUGCGGGUUGUUGCAAGAGCAAUUACGAGAAUGCGGAAUGAGAUCAAGCGACUAGCCGACGAAAACGUAUACAUGGUAGAUUACCUACUUGGGCAAGCUAGCACGAAGAAGCCGGAUACAAACGACCAAGGUCUAAUCACGGAUGAAGGUGAUACUGCCGUUAAAUUACUUGCAACAACAGAUUUACAAGAUCUGAAAGACCAAAUGCGCGCUGAAGAUGGAGCAGACGAUAUUGCAUUUUCCGAAACUGGGUGGGUGGGCCCAGACUGAUGGGCGCUGCCGUUGCAUAAGAGAAAACAACUCGCAAGAGACCUUCGCAUGCGGCUCAAAAGGGGGGGGGCGGACACCAGGCGGUCAGUCGGUUGAGCUGGCUUUGCACCUACACCUUCGAUCCUCAAGAGGAAAGAGGUAUGGCCCAUCUUACAACUCAGGCAAUAAGUUGUUCAGGGCAGUAGCUGGGGGUGUCCAGGAAAAGAUGCAAGAAGCUGUUCUAGAUACCCCUUAAAUAGCAUCGGUGGUCUUAUGUAAGAUAAUAUCGGACAUAAUUGAGUGUACCCAUGGCCUAUAUAAACUCACUUAACGUCAUGAGGGCAUUCGCUGCAUCAUGGUACUUGAUUAUUUUAUAAGCCAAUAUACAUCGUUAUAAUGA